UCUGGGAGCUCCUUCAGCUUGCACUUGCGGCAUUUAAAAAUUGUAAAAGACUCACUAUAUUUUAUUAAAUAUACAUUUUAACCAUGGAUAGUAUAAUUGGGCGCAGCCAGUUUGUGUCAGAAACUGCGAAUCUUUUUACAGAUGAAAAAACGGCAACAGCGCGUGCGAAGGUUGUGGAAUGGUGCAAUGAAUUCGUGACAGCAAAUGCUACGUUGAAAUGUGAACUGCUGGUUAAAGUGCAGGAAAUAGUGCUUAGUUCGUGUGUAGAGCUGGCAGAGGAGUUCUUGGAGCCGGUGCUCUCACUGGCACACGAUCAAAACCAAGAGGUGCGAAAGCAAGUGGUCUCUUUUAUUGAACAGAUAUGUAAGGUUAAAGUGGAGCUUCUACCCUAUGUAAUUAAUGUGAUAUCUAUGAUGCUGCGAGACAGUUCAGCUCAAGUCAUUAAACGUGUUAUCCAGGCUUGUGGCAGCAUCUAUAAAAACGGACUGCAAUAUCUAUGCAGCUUGACUGAUCCUAGCGACAGCGCUGAGCAAGCAUGGAAUGUCUUAAGUUUGAUAAAGGCACAAAUUCUGGACAUGAUUGACAAUGAAAACGAUGGCAUACGCACGAAUGCCAUCAAAUUUCUAGAGGGCGUCAUCAUACUUCAAAGUUAUGCGGAUGAGGACAGCAUGAAGCGAGAGGGCGACUUCUCACUGGCCGAUGUGCCGGAACAUUGCAAACUUAUCCGGCGUCAAAAGUUGCAAGACGAAGGCACCAACAUCUUUGACAUUAUGCUGCAGUUCCAUGGAACUACGCACAUCUCGUCGGUGAAUCUGAUUGCCUGUACGAGUAGUCUAUGUACGGUGGCCAAAAUGCGGCCCAUUUUUAUGGGCUCUGUUGUUGAGGCCUUUCGACAGCUCAACAACAAUUUGCCGCCCACACUGACAGACUCUCAAGUUAGUUCUGUAAGAAAGAGUUUGCGUCUUCAGCUCCAAAUGCUUCUCAAGUUGCGCGGCUCAUUCGAGUUUGCUGGAACAAUACGUAAUAUAUUAAUGGAUUUGGGAGCUAGUGCGAGCGAGAUACAAAAAUUGCUGCCCAAAAUGGAUAAGCAAGAGAUGGCGCGCAGGCAGAAACGAAUACUAGAAAAUGCAGCACAGAGUUUGGCUAAAAAAGCGCGUCUGGUCGAGCAGGAGCGACAUCCGCAACAGCCACAAGAAAUGGAACUUGAUGAGGAAGAGCUAGAGAGGCAGCGUCAGAAGAGUACGCGUGUGAACGAAAAAUUCCUGGCAGAGCACUUGCGCUCCACGGAAACAGUGGUGAAUUUGGUUAUUGAGUUUUUACCCUCUCUGCCGGAUGCGGCAACUCCGAAAUUCUUGGCAGAGUACACGCCCAUCAAGCAGCUGUCAUUGCCGCAGCAAGUGAGCAACAUUUCCCAUCUGUUUGGGCAGCAGCUGACGGAGAUGCGCAUGGGACCCGGCUCGGCUGCAUUCAGCAAAGAGCCGCCCAUGAAGCCAAAGAGUCAGUCUAGUAUUGCCAUUGCCGAUCCAGAGCCUCUGGCCAUGGAUGUGGAUGAUGCACAAGGAAAGCUUAGUGAACAGGAGCUGCAGCGCAAAGAAGAAGCGACGAAGAAACUACGCGAGACCAUGGAACGUUCCAAGGGCGAACAGACGGUCAUUGAGCGAAUGAAAGAGCGCGCCAAGACGCUCAAGUUGCAGGAGAUCACCAAACCCCUUCCACGCAAUACUAAAGAGAAGUUUCUCUUAGAUGCCAUCAUAAGGAUCCUCAACUCAGAGCGGCAGUGCAUCAUGGGCGGCGUGGCGGCCAAGCGACGUAAAUUAGUGACUGUUAUUGCGGCCACAUUUCCCGACAAUGUGCGCUAUAGCAUCAUGGAAUUCAUACUAGCUGAUAUCAAGCAGCGCAUAGAUCUGGCCUUCUCUUGGCUUUUUGAGGAAUACUCGCUGCUGCAAGGCUUUACGCGUCAUACGUAUGUGAAGACAGAGAAUCGUCCAGAUCAUGCCUACAACGAAUUAUUGAAUAAGCUAAUUAGUGGCAUCAAUGAGCGUUGCGAGUAUAAGGACAGAAUCAUUUUGCUACGCCGCCUCUUUCUAGAGGCUCCCAUACUGCCCGAGGAGGCGAUUGUGCAGCUGGUUAAGUUAUGCCUGGUCGAAGAAUUCAUGCAUCACGGCUUGGAGAUAGUCAAGGAUCUUGCCGUGCUAAGACCUCCGCGUAAAAAUCGUUUCGUACGCGUGCUCCUCAACUAUGCCGUUCAUGAGCGCGCCGAUCUACGGGAGCGUGCUUUGGGCCACUUGAUUACCAUUUAUCAUGUGCACAAGAUUGUUCCAGCGCGCAUCGAUGAGUUCGCUUUGGAGUGGCUACAAUUUGUGGUUGCUGAAACACCACCGAAUGCCAUAUUUUCGGCAGAUUACGGCAGACCGACGCCGGAGGUGGCUUGGAAAGAAGAUACUGCCAAGGUGUGCCUGCUCCUGGCUCUCGCGCUGCUGCCCUACAAUCCGGAAGUUUAUCUGGAGAAGAUUUGUCAAGUGUUUAUGGAGACAUCUGCAGAGCUAAAGCGGACCAUACUACGCAGCUUGGAUGCCCCUAUCAAGAAGCUGGGCGUCGAGUCUCCGGCGCUGCUCAAGCUGCUGGAGGACUGUCCGAAGGGCUUGGAAACGCUGGUGAUACGCAUUAUUUACAUCUUGACCGAACGCGUGCCCACGCCACAUCCCGAGCUGGUCCAGCGCGUUCGUGAUCUCUACCAAAACAAAGUCAAGGACGUGCGUGUGCUAAUACCCAUUUUGAGUGGCUUAUCGCGCUCUGAGCUAAUCGCUGUGUUGCCCAAGCUAAUAAAGCUCAAUCAGGCUGUUGUCAAAGAAGUCUUUAAUCGUUUGCUUGGUAUUGGUGCCGAGUUUGCUCACCAACAGAUGGCGAUAUCACCCACAGAAUUGCUAGUAGCUCUCCACACAAUCGACACUAAUGUGUGGGAUCUAAAGUCAAUAGUGAAGGCCACUUCACUGUGCCUAGCCGAGCGCGAGGUGUACACACAAGAAGUGCUGAUGGCAGUGCUGCAGCAACUGGUAGAGAUGAUGCCUGUGCCUACGCUCAUGAUGCGCACCACUAUACAGAGCCUGACGCUGUGGCCGCGUCUCUCAAACUUUGUACUGAAUUUGUUGCAGCGCCUAAUACUGAAGCAAGUGUGGCGCCAAAAGGUCAUCUGGGAGGGCUUUCUUAAGACUGUGCAGCGCCUCAAGCCGCAGUCUCUACCCGUACUGCUUCAGCUCCCGCCACCACAAUUGGCAGACGCACUGCAGCAGUGCCCGGACCUCAGACCUCAAUUGCUUGAAUACGCGGAGAGCAUUCAGGACGAGCCAAUGAGCGGCAUCACUCAGCAGAUACUGGAUAUUAUUAGCGGCAAAUCGGUUGAUGUUUUUGUGACGGACGAAAGUGGUGGCUACAUAAAUCCAGACAACAUCAAGAAGGAGUUGGUAGAUUCCUCAGAAAUGAACAUUAUUUCUACUGUUCCCGUUUUGACUUCAGUGCCAGUUGCUGCACCACAGCCCGUACCCGCACCCGCACCACAGCCAGUGCCGGCGCCCGUUCUAGGGGAUUUAAAUCAGCCGUUGCCACCUGGCGAGGAUUAGUCAUAGUUUAGUUCUAGUUUAUUCUGUUUUGUUUAAUAUAUACAUUCGGUGUUUUAGUAAACC